AUGGAUUCGGUACCCUCUCCCCUUGAUUUUCGUGAGAUGAAUAAUGCUGGGAAUCGGCUUAUACUUGCUCUUUCGCUGCCAAGAUAUCAGCACAAAUUUGCUCAAGGAAUUGAAGACGAACAUCUUGAACUGGUUAAGAGCAAGUGUCUAGAUUCUCUUCAAAAUCUAGAAUCUAGGACUCUCUCAAUGGCCCUGAAGAUUUCUAACAAAGGAAUCGAAGCUAUAACAGGUGCUUGUCCUAAUCUGAAGGUCUUCUCUAUAUAUUGGAAUAUUAGGGUGACAGAUAUUGGUAUAAGCCAUCUGGUGAGAAACUGUAAAUACGUCAUUGAUCUGAACUUAAGUGGCUGUAAGAAUCUAACAGACAAAGGCUUGCAAUUAGUUGCUGAACAGUAUCCAGAUCUAGAAUCUCUGAAUCUAACUAGGCGUGUCAAGUUAACAGAUUGUGGCUUGCGGCAAAUAUUGCUGUAACUGUAAGUGUUCCGCUUUCCAGAAUCUAAAUUCUAUGCCCUCUCCAGUUUCUCCAAUGAAACUUACAAGAGCAUUGCAAUUCUAUCCCAUCUUAAAUAUUCGGAUCUAUGUGGCGCUCAAAACCUCUCAGAUGAAGGGCUUUCUUCUAUAGCCAAGUGCAAUAGCCUUGUCUCCCUUAAUUUGACAUGGUAAUUGAAACUUCCAACCAAACGUAGCCGUGAUGAAUUGCUUCGGCUGUUCCCACACUUGAAGUGCUUCAAAGUGCACAGCUAA